AUGCGUUUACAAACAAACUCCAUUUUAUGUGCUUUGGUGUUUUUAGUUUCUUAUGUGCUAGGUGAUGUUAAUGUCGUUUCUCCAAAAGCGAAAGCCACAUUCAGCCCAAGUGGUGGUAUUGUUUCUAUUCCCGUUGAAUGGAUGGAUAACGGCGCCUACCCUCCAUUAAGCAAAUUUUCAUAUUUCACUUUGAGUCUUUGUACUGGGCCUAACAAUAACAUUGACUGUAUAGCCACUAUUGCUACUAAAGUUAAGGCAAGUGAGUUGACCCAGGAUGAUAAAGUUUAUUCUUACACAGCUACUUUCCCUUCAACUCUAACUGGGAACGGUCAAUAUUACAUCCAAGUCUUUGCGCACGUGGAUAACCAAGGUAACACUAUCCAUUAUACUCCGAGGUUUCAAUUGACUUCUAUGGGAGGUACUACUGCCUAUACAUAUAGUGGGUCGGUUGAGCCUGUUCCCCAGACUUCUAUUCAAACAACUACUACAAACAACGCGCAAGCCACUACUAUUGACAGUCGUUCAUUUACUGUUCCAUACACUAAGCAGACUGGUACGUCGCGUUUUGCUCCCAUGCAAAUGCAGCCAAAUACUAAAGUAACUGCUUCCACGUGGACAAGACAAUUCGCCACUAGCGCAGUGACUUAUUACUCUACCUUUGGGUCGUUGCCGGAACAAGCAACUACAUUGACUCCUGGUUGGUCUUAUACAAUAUCAUCCGGAGCAAACUAUGCCACUCGUGCACCUAUGCCCUCAGCAAAUGGUGGUUGGUAUAAACCAUCUCAGAGGUUGUCUUUGUCAGCAAGGAAAAUCAAUAUGAGAAAAGCAUGA